ACUCGCUUCCCAUUUUUCCCCCUUCCCCUUACCCCUUCGCAGCGACACAGUGAGAGAGAGAGAGAGAGAGAGAGAUCCUUCGGUGAGGCCCCUCUCCAUUUUCCUCGUCUCCAUUUUCUCGGGAAAGAAGGGAAGUUGGUGGGGGGUGGGAAAAUCAAACAGGGUUUGCAAAUCAUGGCGAAAGGCCCCGGUCUCUACUCCGACAUCGGCAAGAAAGCCAGAGAUCUUCUGUACAAGGAUUACCAGAGCGACCACAAGUUCACCAUCACUACCUACACUUCCACCGGAGUGGCACUCACUUCUACGGGAAUCAAGAAAGGAGAGUUUUUUUUGGCUGAUGUGAGCGCUCAACUGAAGAACAAAAACAUCACCACUGAUGUGAAAGUGGACACCAAUUCCAACCUCUUUACUACCAUUACCGUUGACGAACCUGCUCCUGGGCUCAAGACAAUAUUUAGCUUCAUUGUUCCUGACCAGAGAUCUGGUAAGGUGGAACUCCAAUACCAGCAUGAGUACGCUGGGAUAAGCACAAGUAUAGGUUUGACUGCAAAUCCCUUUGUUAAUUUCUCUGGAGUGGUUGGAAACAACGCUCUUGCUCUUGGAACUGAUCUUUCCUUCGACACUGCCACUGGAAACUUCACCAAGUGCAAUGCUGGAUUUAGUUUCAUGAAUGCUGAUCUUAUCGCAUCCUUGACAUUGAAUGACAAGGGCGAUACCCUCAGUGCUUCCUACUACCACACGGUCAGCCCGCUAACCAGCACUGCCGUCGGGGCAGAGCUGUCUCACAGCUUUUCGAGCAACGAGAACAUGCUCACCAUCGGCACCCAGCACGCGCUUGACCCGUUGACCACGGUGAAGGCUCGGGUGAACAACUACGGCAGGGCGAGCGCUCUCAUCCAGCACGAGUGGCGCCCAAAAUCCCUGUUCACCAUCUCAGGGGAAGUCGACACGCGAGCCAUCGAGAAGAGCGCCAAAAUCGGGCUGGCAUUGGCUCUGAAGCCAUAGUGCGGAGUAGGGGUCACCUCAUUUUAUGAGCGAAAAACGCUGUUUCAGUUCUUCCGCGAAAAGAAAAAAAAGAAGAAGAAAACGCCGUUUCAGUUCGGUGGAGGGAAUAAGGUAGGGGUUAGAACGAGACCUGUGUAUCUUGUCUUUCUUGAUUUAACUUUUGCCCUCAGUUUCGUUUCGAGUCUGGUGGGCCAUGGAUUGUAUAAAAUAAUUCGAGCUGGGCACACAAAUCCUGUGCGGUCAUUUUCCA